AUGACCUUCAAGACUCUCGCCAUGGAUUCCAAACUUUUGAAGGCGUUGAUGGAAGAUUUGGAUUCCUUCAUCAACGGAAAGGAAUUCUACAGAAGAAUUGGGAAAGCUUGGAAACGCGGGUACUUGCUGUAUGGUCCUCCAGGCACAGGCAAGUCAAGCUUAAUUGCAGCCAUGGCUAAUCACCUCAAAUUCGACAUCUAUGACUUGGAUCUGACCGAUGUCCAGUCCAACUCAGAACUUAGGUUUUUGUUACUUAGCACGCCCAGCAGAUCGAUUAUUGUCUUAGAGGACAUCAAUUGCAAUGCCAAAUUGCAAAAUAGAGAAUCGAAGAAUGAUCCCCAGAAUCAAGGAGACAAUAAGGAGUCCUCAAUUUCAUGGAUGGCCUGUGGUCUAGCUGUGGUGAUGAACGUACGUAUCAUCAUCAUCACGAGCAAUCACAGGGAGCAUUUGGAUCCUGCUUUGCUUAGACCUGGCAGUAUGGACUUGCACAUUUGCAUGUCAUACUGCAACAUUUCUGUAUUCAAGAAACUUGCCUUUAAUUAUCUGGGGCUUUUCCAUCACGACCUCUUUGAGCAAAUUGAAGAACUGAUUGAGGAGGUAGACGUCACCCCAGCAGAAGUGGCAUGGGAGUUGAUGAAGAACGCCACUGAUGCUGAGGCUUCCCUUCAAGGCCUUGUCAACUUCCUUCGUGAAAAGAGGACGGAACCAGAUAAAGCAAAAACUAUCAACUAG